AUGAACUCAAUCAAGUUAAUUGUCAAUUCGUUUGAUAAUAUACUUCCCGGAAAGGGCAAUUACGACAUACCACCUACGAACGAUGACGGUGAUGACCAGCGACUGGGGAAGGAGACGGAACAAGAACAAGAGCAAGUAAUGCUGGUGAAUGAUGAUGAUGGCAAGACACUAGAAGAUCCAAAUGCAAUUAAAGGGCCAUGUAGGCUUCCAGCGACUCGAGAGGAAACGCCUACUAUAAGUUUGGAAGAAAAAGUGGAGCAGAAUGAAGAAUUGGAGGAUGUCGAAGAGGGGGAGGAAGAGGAGGAGGAAGAGGAGGAAGAGGAAGUCAACCUUACUACAGAGUCCGAAAAGCAUGUACCUACUCCGUCACAAACAUCAGCUUACAAAAGAUCGUCAAUUGUGGUAUUUUUCAUUCAAGUGGGUAAAGUCAUUUACUUUUUCCCCAAUUACCUUAUUAUUAAACCUAUUUCAAUAAUCAUUAACCUCAUCAUUUUCCCAUUUGUCUUGCUCAAGAUAUCAUUGGGCUUUGGACCAAAACCAGCAAGAACAAAGCAAGACCUAACAUACGAUGACAAAAUUGACACCUCUUUUGACAGUGAUGUUGCUGAUUCAUUAGUUACACGUGCAACACCUCCAUCAUCACCAGCAACAGCAUCAUCAUCAUCAUCAUCAUCACCCGCAUCGAAAUCAAAACUGACACACUUGGAUUCAGACCCUGAUGAAUACGAUGAAAAAAUAGUUGAACAGAUUAAACAAGAAAACCUACUAGCAAAUGAAGUCAAAUCACCAUCAUCAUUUUCAAGGUACAUGAUUCCGCCACCACAACGAUUAUUCCCGUUAUCAAGAAAUCCUCAACGCAAAAGAAGGAAAAAAAUACUUAUAUUAGAUUUAGAUGAAACUUUAAUUCAUUCACUUUCAAGAGGUGGACCACGAACUUUUAAUCCAGCAUCCAAAUCAAAAAUGAUUGAAAUUAAAUUAAACAACGUAUCAUCAUUAUAUUAUGUUCACAAGCGACCCUAUUGUGAUUAUUUUCUCACUCAGAUUAGCCAAUGGUUUGAAUUACAAAUCUUCACCGCUAGUGUUAAAGAAUAUGCUGAUCCGAUAAUAGAUUGGCUAGAAGAGGAAAUUAUCGAUUCAUUACGGAAAAAGGGCAAACGACACAAGAUCCAAUCUAGUUCUGAUUACAUCAAGCCGCAUAUUUUCACUAAACGGUAUUACCGAUCCGAUUGCAGUUAUCGACCUGGCGUCGGGUACAUUAAGGACUUGUCACGGUACUUGCGCGAUGAUGAAUUGAAGAAUGUCAUGAUUUUGGAUAAUUCGCCUAUAAGUUAUGCCAUGCAUGAAGACAAUGCUAUUGGUAUUGAAGGAUGGAUUAAUGAUUCUAAUGAUCGAGAUUUGUUGAAUUUGUUGCCGUUGUUGAAGAGCUUAAGUUUGUGUAUUGAUGUGCGAUUUAUUUUGGGGUUGAAAAAUGGAGAGAAGUUGUUUGAAAUGUAA